CCUUGUUUUGUGCCAAAAUGAGUUUAUAUACGGAUCCUCUUUGUUUAAAUAAACAUCGUUUAUUUCUAGAAUUAAAAAAUGGCUUGUCGGGAAAUAUCAAAGAUACAAGGAAUAUUUUAGAAAUUCGUGACAACGUGUUGUACGUAUGGAAUGCGAAUGAUUCUUGUGUGAUGACAUUAAACGUUGCAGCAUCGCGGGGAAAAGAUGGAGAUGUACUUUAUCAAAAACUUCGACCUACCGACCCUCCGAUUUUCGAAAUAAAACAUCUACUGAUUAACGAGACUGGCACGCAACUGGUAUUGUGGGGUAAUCUAGGCCUCGUCAUCAUGGAACUUCCUAAGAGAUGGGGCAAAGAUUGCGCGUUCCAAGGUGGAAAGAAGGAAAUACGUUGCAUGGUUUACAAUGAAACGAUAGAUAUUCGAAAAGCAAGAUGGCAUCCAGGCUCUACGAAUGACUCUCAUUUGUUAAUUUUAACAUCCGAAAAUACAUUUCGCUUAUAUGAAUGCGAACUGGGUAACAAGCCAAGGCUAAUAAGAAGUUGGAAAGUUGGCCGUGUACCGUUCGGUUCACCAUCCAAAAUACCAGAUUUCACCUCUUUAGGCGAUACAGCGGUGGAUUUUGAUUUCGCUACACCUACCCUCUGUAAACCUGAAAUGUUCAUCGGUAAAGAUAUCAAUAAGGAUAACGUUGUCGAUUGGAAUCAAAUUGAAUGGCCCAUUCUUGUUCUACGUGGAAAUGGAGAAGUACGCAUUGUUCGUGGCAACAUAUUGCACGAUACUCAUGAAAACCCGGUGGUAUCAGAAUCACUUUCUAUAUAUCCUCCAGUCGACGACAAUUACGGAAUAGAUUCCUGUUCCAUAAUGUGUUUACAAACUACCCCUCCGAUAGUAAUUAUUGCCACGUGUACUGGAAAGAUUUAUCACGCGAUUUUGUUGAAAGAUGAAUUGAUCGAUGAUGAUAACGAUAGAAAAUCUUGGUCACAAUAUGAUUCUACGUAUAAUCUUUACACACCAGAAGAGGCUUUAUACGUAUAUGAAUGCGUCGAAAUAGAAUUAGGUCUUUUUUUCGCGGAUGAAGAUGAAAAAUAUAAUUGUCCGAUACAUAUUCGCGCUGACAAGGGUAAUAGGUCAAGGUAUUUUUGUUCUCAUAAUGCUGGAAUCCAUAUGAUUAGUUUACCAAUGGUUUCUCAAUUACUGGAAUACAUCAAUUCAUCAAAAGGUAAGGUGAAUAAAGAGGAAUUCGACGUGUACAUAAAAAAAUUAUUAAAACAUGAAACAUCACAACCCCUCAUCAAAGUUGGCUCGAAAUCUCCACGAGAGAAUUUGCAGCUUUUAUAUCACGCGACGGAUAUUUUUCGUAAAGAACACUUUGUUAAACAUGACACUGUACGAGAAGAAAUCGGUAAAAAGGUGCGUGCGUUGAAAGUAAUGAAAAUCCAAUUACUUAAAGAUCUGGAGACUUUAAUAGAAACGAAGAAAGAAUUGCAUCAAACUGCUGAACGAUUGGCUGAACGUUAUGAAGAUAUUAAAGAUGAACAAGAGAAAUUAGCACAAAAAGCAAAAGAGGUAUUACGAUUAGUAAAUUACAAGGAGCCUUCUAUGACUCCUAUAGAAAGAGCAGAAGCAGAAGAAUUAAGGAAAAUGGAAAUGAAAAUAGAAGCAAUGAAAAUCAGACUUUUGGAUUUAAAGAAAAAAUCAGAACAAAUUGGACAUACAGAGAAUAACGAAAGCAUUGAAGAUAAAAAAGAAAUUGUUUUUAAAGAUGAUCAGGAAAAAAUAAUCAAAAACACUCUUGGACAAAUGGCAAAAGAUAUAAAAGAAUUAAUUAUGGAAGUUAAAAAAUUCGAGGAAGAAGUAAGUAUUUAA